AUGUCUCAUCAAACGGGCAUUAGAGCCAACAGUAAACUGAGGAAUUUUCUGACCCAUGCUAGGGAUGGCAGCAUCCGAGCAAUCAAAGUUACAAUAGAAAAUGAGGAACUUACAUACUCUGCCUCCAGCAGACCCAGAGUUCUACCUUCACUUGAUGAGCUACCAUGCUACAUCCUGUAUCGAUUUGACUCCAAAACUAGUGCUGGAUAUCAGUGGCUGUUUAUUGCGUGGUCACCUGAUUCUGCACCAGUUAGGCAGAAAAUGUUGUAUGCAGCCACACGGGCAACCAUGAAGUCAGAAUUUGGAGGCGGUCAAAUUAAAGAUGAGAUCUUUGGAACUGUACAGAGUGAUGUAUCCUUGGCAGGCUACCGCAGGCAUGUUCAGUCAGCUCUUGCACCUGCACCUCUUACAUUAGCAGAAGAGGAACUGCAGUUGGUGAAGCAGAAUGAGUUGGAAACUGCUAUGGCAAUGGUGAAUGCCAAUGCUGGUGUUGACAGCAGGUUCCAGACCAUGCCAGGUUUUGCCUUUCCUCUCAGUGCAGAUGCUGAACAUGCUUUGGCCUCUUUCAAGAAUGGUGCCAUUAAUUAUGUACAACUUAGCCUGGACCUUAAAAAGGAGGUUGUCAACUUGGCUGCGGCUAGAAACAUCCAAGUUGAUCAGCUUAUAUCUCAAGUCCCCACAGAAAACGCCAGCUAUCACCUGUUUAAUUUCAGUCAUACACAUGAGGGUGAUUUUCUUCAUAGUACAGUGUUUAUUUACUCAAUGCCUGGUUACAAGUGCCCUAUCAGAGAGAGAAUGCUCUACUCCAGCUGCAAGAAUCCCCUGGUCAAUCAAUUGGCUUCAAUGGGCAUUGCGAUAGAGAAAAAUAUUGAGGUUGAUGACCCAGCAGAACUAACCGAGCAGUUUAUCUAUGAGGAGGUGCACCCCAAGAAGAACGUGGCUCGCCAAGCAUUUGCUAAACCUAAAGGCCCCGCUGGAAGGGGUCCUAAACGAAUGACAAAACCCUCAAAAUAG